AUGCGAAAUUGUGAGCUGAGGAUCACUGAGCAGUUGCUAGUUUCACUUGGCAUGUUUGCCCAUGACUGUGGAAGCCUCAAGGAUUGCAAUGCUGUUUUGUCUGACUAUGGACCAGACAGUAUGAAGGAGAGGGAGAGAAUUGUGGUAAUUAAAGACCAAACCAGGACAGGAAAGUGCUAUUGAGAGGCACAACAUUCAAGUAGUAUCAUUUUCAGGUACAGGGUUCUUUAUUUGUUUUUCUUUGGAUAAGGAUCUAACGAAGAUCACAAGAUUAUUGAAUUACAGCCAGUAAACAGUUAUUGUGUCAAAGAUUCAGUGGAUCCUUUUUUCAAUCAUGAACAAUUUUUUGUUUUAUUUUUUUACCCGAGUGGCUGUUGUUCUAAUCCUCAAUCAAUAACUUUGGUCACUAAAAGCAAUUACCGGUACUAUUGUUAAUUAGAAAAAUGUAUUUACCUCUCAGGGUCAACAGAAUGCAAGUAUUUUGGAGAACAUUGACAAGAUUAUAACACACUCACUGCCAUUGCAAAAUCUCAAGUUUUUUUUUUUUAAGAACAAAGAUAUUGCUGAGACGUAUCUGUUGAACCAGCUUACAUUUUGUGUGAAAAUGGUUCAGGUACACUCAAGUUCUUGA